AUGGAAGAAGAACUAGCAAGUCUGCGACAGCAACUUCGGGAAGAACAACGCCGACGCGAAGAAGAGCAACGGCGACGCGAAGAAGCCGAGGGUCGUAUUUUGGAGGAGCAACGGCGACGCGAAGAAGAGCAACGGCGACGCGAAGAGGCUGAAGAGCUUGCGAGACCGCUGGCACUUGAGAAGUAUCUGGAGGCUUGUCACUCGCUCAAUCAUGCGAUUCAGGUGGUGACCGACCGUUCAUUGACCACUCAAGGCGACACCACGAACCCCACCGGUCGGAUUUUCCCUAGCCGAAUCAUCCCCUGGGACGACUUCGCGACGAAACAAGAGGAGACCUGGGAUCAACUCUCUGCCGGCCAGUCGUUCGCCUCCCACUCCGCAUUCCCAUCCCGUCAUCAGCUGGAAUACGUCAGGUCCUUGCUCAAGCCCAUUAGCAGUGAGAUUGGGCUCCGGGACUUUGAACGUGAUGUUGUCGAAAAUGCUGUUCAGAAACUGGUUGACGAGGCAUACAGGGAUCCCCGACUGCGAACCGCUCUCAGUCUCCAGGGAACCGUGACCUUCGAGAGCCAUACGAAUCUUGGGCGGACCGACGACCCCAUCUCUGCGCCUAUGGAGCACAUGUCCAUUGGCGAAGGUCACGCUGCUGCCGCAGCUUCGGCCCCGAGACCGCCGGCUCCUAAGCCCCGUCGUAGGGCGAGGGGAAAAGGCAACCGGGCGGACCAAUUCUGCAUAUACAGGACUUCGGACGGUCGAAACAUCCCCGCCCUCGCGAUCGAGUACAAGGCACCGCACAAGCUGAGCACCGACGAGGUUGUGACGGGCCUGGAGUCGGAGAUCCAGCCGGCACGAGACGUGAUCAACAAGGACGGCGAGGGCUUCUCGUUUGCAUCGAGGUCGCUCGCCGCCGCCGUCAUCACUCAGCUCUUCUCCUACAUGAUCGGCAAGGGCAUUCAGUACGGAUACGUAUGCACGGGGGAGACGUUCAUCUUCCUCUACAUUCCGGACGAUCCCACGAUUGUCUACUACUCCGUAUGUGUGCCGAACGUGGACGUCCUGGAUGACGACGAGAAUAGGCUCCACCGCACGGCCGCUGCGCAGGUCUUCGCCUUCAUUCUCCGGGCCCUCUGCGCGACACCGCCCCCUCUGUCCUGGCACGACGCGGCCGCCGGCCUAGAUACCUGGGCGGUGGAGUACGACGAUGUGCUGAGGAAUAUCCCCGAAACGAUGCGCAAGGACAAGGGGCCUCGCGCGUCUCCUUACAAACCCCAGCGGUGGCGUGGCUUCAAGCGGUCGCCCAUUCAAACCCGUUCUCGUUGCCAGCCACCGCAUGAACUCAUCGACGGUCGAGGCGAUGACGAUGACGAAGAAGCUCCUCCUUCCCCCACUCCGAAGCGACCGAGCCGUUCCAAGGAUAAGGCGACCAUGUUGUCCGCAGGGGCAGACUCGGGCAGUAAACGAAAGCAACCCAGCGGAGGAAACCGGCAGCACGGCCAAAUGACGCAACAGAAAAUACAGGACCGACCGUUCUGCACCCAACGAUGCCUGCUGGGAUUAGCGUCCGAUGGCCCGAUGGACGAGAGCUGCCCCAAUUUUGGGGAUCACGGAUCCCAACAUAUCAGCCGACUAGAGUUUCUUCGUCUCAUCCGUGCUCAGCUGGCCAAAGACCGUGGCCCCGAUGCGGACUGCAUUCCCCUCUACAUGUCGGGGUCAGUCGGGUCGCUCUUCAAGGUGCGACUUUCGUCCCACGGCUACACGCUCGUUGCCAAAGGCGUGGAGGGUCUCGAUCUUGUCUUGCUGCGGCACGAGAACGACAUGUAUGAUCGAGUCAGGGCCAUCCAGGGAAAGCACGUCCCGGUAUGCCUCGGCAGGAUAGAGCUGAUCCUCCCGUAUUACUAUGACAGCGGUGUUUUUGAGCACUUCCUGUUCCUCAGUUGGGCCGGGCGACCUGUGUUCGAGUGCUGCGACCAAACCGGCAGACAAGCAGUCGUCGACGCGGUCACUGCAGCCUUUACGGAGAUACACAAGUUGAAAGUUCUCCAUCGCGACGGAAAACCUCGCAACGUUUUAUAUGAUGCGGGCAGUAGCCAGAUCAUGAUCGUAGAUUUCGAGCGGGCGGAGCUUCGCAACCGUCAACCUCUCGGCCCGAUCAGCCUGAAUGGCCAGCCUCGCAAGAGGAAGCGAAAGGCAGUGAAGACGAACGGAAGCGAUCCUUCGCGAUGGAGUUGCGAUCCGUGGUAG